AAUAAACAAAAUUGCAACUCCAGUGGAUUUGAUUUUACCGACGGGUAAUUGAUUGGAUUAUUGCAUUUUUUUUGCAAAGAAGACGUUAUUAAUUCUGUUUCUAAUUCAGAUAUUUUGUAAAAUAAAGUAAGCAGACAGUAUUCUGGCAGUAUGAGCGAGAACGAUAUUUCGAAAAUGAAGGUGGCGGAUCUCAAGAAGGAACUGAAAAACCGUGGUUUGAACACUUUGGGUAAUAAAAAUGAACUGGUUGAACGACUGCAGAAUGCAUUGAUUGAUGGAGGAGAUCCACUGGAAGAUACUGCUAAUUCCGAAGAUCUUUUGGAAGACGAUGAAUUGAAUGACGAUAUUUUGGAGGAAGAAGAAGAAAAACUACAGGAUGGGAUCGUUGAGGAAGAUCGAAUGCUUAAGUCGCCUACACCUAGUGAAGCUUCCAAAUCUGAAUCUCCAGAGCAAAAGGCUCAGGAACAAUGCAACAAGAAUCAGGAACCGCAAGAGGAAAAGAAAGAAGAACAGGCGAUGCCACAGAAGAAAGUGGCUCUCAAGCGCAACAUAUCGAUUUCAGUUCCUACGCUAGUUACAACUCCGGUUGCUGUGACAUCCGUGGCUAGCGAUGGUGAAGCCAAGAAAACAGAGGAUGCAAAUAAGAGCGAACAACAUUCGGGAGAACCGGAGAAGAAAAUAAUUAAGUUGAACCAAAUGACUGCACAGGAAAGACUUGAGAUGCGCGCAAAAAAGUUCGGUGCCCAAGUGGUCGAGUCACCAAAUUCGAAGUUACAAGCUCGAGCUGCCCGCUUCGGACUCGGGGGCACUAGUAGUUCCGUCGCCAGUGGAAGUCCCACUAGUAAUCUUAUCUCUCUCGAUGCACUGAAGAAACGUGCCGAAAGAUUCGGUGUAAAUGUGUCCGAUAAGGUAACCAAACUGGAAUUGGAUGAAAAGUUGCAGAAACGGCAAGCAAGAUUCGGAGAAGCAGCAACAACAUCCAAACUUACCGCGACCGGCAAGGUAGCCAUAACCGCAGCUAGCAGCACAAACACGAACUACAGCGAGCGAGCUCGACUUCGACUGGAGCGGUUCAAGAAUACAGCCUAGAGGCCAAGUGUAUUAUCUUAAUUCCAGCAAUAUUAACACAUGAUGGAAGUUUUUUCUGAUUCUCGAUGUAGUUUCACAUGCUCUGGAAGAAGCGCUUGGAACAACGGGAUAUUUUUUGUAGCUUUUUGGAAUAAAUAGAUUCCAAAUAUAAA